AUGCGCCGCAGGCUCUCCAUCACCACCACCGGACCAUCCCUAGGGGCUUACAGUCUCCUCUCACCCUAUAGCGACGAUGACACAGCCUUUGCCCAUAACACGCUCUGUCCGCGAUAUGCAGAGUUAGACCCUACGUCGGCGCCACCGUCGCCCGCAUCCAUCGAGUCGUUUGAAAUCUUGGACAGCAUACCAUGGCGGAGGGGCUACAUCUCACUAGACACACCUGCAAGGCGCGGCAGCACCACACUAUUAGAGCGCUGGAUGAGGAACAAACUCCGCGCCAUUGCCAUGCUUUUCCUCGUAGCACUUGCUGUAGCCGGCUGUAUCUUGGGCGGAUACCAUCUAGCCGUGUCCAAGGCUUCGAAAAGCAACAACUGA